CCCACUCAGGUGAAGUGUGGUGGUCAGGUGCGGGCGACAGGCGUCAAGGGGACGCUGUUGGGGAGUGACACCGGGGAUAAAGCUCCCCUCCGUCCUGCUUGAACUCCUCUCUCCCUGAACACCCAUCCAGACCGCAGGAGGACAGAGAGGAGACACCAGCUCGGACAUGGCCAUCACAGACUUCCUCGCCGCCUCGGACAUCACCUCCGCCAUCAGCGCUUGCAAAGCGAAAGAUUCGUUUAGUGCAAAGAUGUUUUUCAAAACAGUGGGCUUGUCCAAGAAGACAGCGGCCGAGGUGGAGAAAGUUUUCAAGAUCCUGGACCAAGACAAGAGUGGCUUCAUCGAACAAGAUGAGCUGCAACUGUUCCUGCAGAACUUCUCCAAAGGAGCGAGGAAUCUGACCGCGGCUGAAACCAGGGCGUUCCUCCUGGCCGGCGACUCUGACGGCGAUGGGAAGAUCGGCUGGGAAGAGUUCUCUGCCCUGGUGAAGUCAUCAUAACAUCAUUGUCGUCCUUGUUCAUCAUUGUUCCCGUUUUAUCACAAUUUAAGCCAAUUCCAAUGCUUUAAAUUUAUUUUGGGGGACAAUAGUGUGUAGGCUAAGAAAUGUGAUGUGAAUGUUAAUUAAUUAAUUCCAAUAAAAAUGUCAUGGUUUAACCCUUAUUUCACA